CUGGCGGCGCCUUCACUUCCGCUCCUGCGCGCUGAGCUUCCCCAGGACUGCCUUGGGCAAGUCAUCAUGGCCGCUUCCCGGCUACCCCCGGCGACGCUGACACUGAAGCAGUUCAUGAGAAGGCAGCAAGUUCUCCUUCUUUAUAGAAGGAUUUUGCGAGCUAUUCGUCAAGUUCCAAAUGAUUCUGAUAAGAAGUACUUGAAGGACUGGGCAAGGGACGAAUUCAAAAGAAACAAAAGUGCCACUGAAGAGGAUACAGUCCGGAUGAUGAUUACUCAAGGCAACAUGCAGCUCAAGGAGCUAGAGAAAACACUUGCUUUAGCAAAAUCAUGAUUAACAGGAUCAUUUUGAAAGAUUUUUAAGGUCUCCAAGUGUUUUGAUGAGCCUUUGCUCAACAAUGGGCAACUCAAAGCUGAGUCAAACUGUUUAUAUGGAUAGUGGUAGGGCAGAAUAUCAGAACAUGGAGUGGGGCCUAUCAGAGAAGAAGUUCAUUAGAACAAUGCCUUCUAGUUGAAAAAUAUACUCUGCAAUGUGACAGUGUUUCUGGAUGUAUCAAAUUUUUGGUGAAGAUACAUAUAAAUUAUUACUCAUAUAUUGCUGGUGGGGAUAGAAGAUGGUGCAGCCACUUUGGAAAACAGACUUUGAAUUGCUUAAAAAGUUAAACAUAGUUAUCAUAUGAUUUAGUGAUUUGCCUAGGUUUAUAAUCAAGAGACUUGAAAAUACAAGUACACAAAAUAUUUGGGAACUAGGCAGUGGUGCACACACUACAGUGCAGUGCACAAUGAUCUAUGUUAAAGCCCCUGGUCCCCACCUGCAGGGGAUAGUUCUACAAAUGGUGAAGCAGGGCUGCAGAUGUCUCUUUGUCUCUAUCUCCCUCUCCCCUCUCCAUUUCUCUGUAUUUAAUAAUAAAUAAAAUGAAAAUAUU